AUCAGGAAGGCAUAGUGCUCCUUUAUUAGCUCCCAUGUGCCAUGUUUUUUUUUAGGCUGGAUCUGUCUUAGUCUUACCCCCUAAGGAAAUGGCCUGGGAGCCCCAGGAAACCCAGGCACCAUCGCUUCUGGGGAGCCCGGGCUGAGGAGGCAGGGCAGCUGGGUAAAUCUGAGCGUUCUGCGCGAGGUAGAGAGGUCAUGCUGUCUGGCAGUAACUGGCUAUCCGGGGUGAAUGUCGUGCUGGUGAUGGCCUACCGGAGCCUGGUGUUUGUACUGCUAUUUAUUUUUGUGAAGAGGCAAAUCAUUCACUUUGCAAUGAAAUCUAGAAGGGGACCUCAUGUCCCUGUGGGACAUAAUGCCCCCAAGGACUUGAAAGAGGAGAUUGAUAUUCGACUAUCCAGGAUUCAGGAUAUCAAGUAUGAACCCCACAUCCUUGGAAAUGAUGACACUAGGCUGCUGCAACUGGAGACCCAGGGAAAUCAGAAUUGCUACAACUAUCUGUACAGGAUGCAAGCUCUGGAUGCCAUUCGUGCCUCAGAGAUCCCAUUUCAAGCUGAUGGCCGGCAUCCUCGUUCCUUAAUAGGCAAGAAUUUCCACUUCUACUUGCUAGAUCUACAAAACACUAGUACUCCCUUCAAGGGUGUGCUCAAUGCCCUCAUUGAUACCCUGACAGAUGGCUAUGAAACAGCCUGCUAUGGGACAGCGGUCUUUGGUCAGAAUGAAUACCUGCGCUAUCAGGAGGCCCUGAGUGAGCUGGCCACUGUGGUCAAAGCACAAAUUGGGAGCUCUCAGCAACAACACCAAUCAGCAGCCAAAGACCUAACUCAGUCCCCUGAAGUCUCCCCAACAACCAUCCAGGUGACAUACCUCCCCUCCAGUCAGAAGAGUAAAUGUGCCAAACACUUCCUUGAAUUGAAGAGCUUUAAGGAUAACUAUAACACCUUGGAAAGUACUUUGUGAUGGAACUGAAGGACUCUCACUGCAGACCGAAACAGACAGCUGCAGUGUGUCAGACAGGCUACUUGCUGGAAGCCCUCAGGACAUCUUGCUCAGCAGACCCAAC